UCCUACUGUAGUGAUGAUACGGCUGUGUGUAAGCUGGCUGGUUUUGCUGUUGGGAGUGCAGGUUGUUUUGGCUCAGCUGGACGAUCUUGAUGAUGAUGAUGAUGAUGAUGUUAAUGUAGAAGACAAGAGAAAUGGAAGAAACAAAAAUAAACCAAUCACCUCUAAUGUCAUCCCGAAAAACAAUGAUGAGGACUGUAAUUUGGAACUGGCAUUUUUGGUGGACAGUUCAGAAAGCGCCAAAGACAACCAUGCCCAAGAGAAGCGUUUUGUUACUGAUCUCGUUGACCGGAUCCAGAACAUCCGACUCCAAACCGGACAGGGCUUGAACUUUAGAACUGCUCUCCUUCAGUACAGCAGUCAUGUGAUCACUGAACAGUCCUUCAAAGAUUGGAGGGGCGUACCCACCUUCCAGGACCGCAUCGCCCCCAUGCCAUACAUAGGGCACGGUACCUACACCACCUACGCCAUCACCAACCUCACACGCAUUUAUCUGGAGGAGUCUGGCCCUGGCACCGUGAAGGUGGCCAUUCUGCUGUACGACGGCGAGUCGCAUCCCAAGAAUCCAGAUAUCUUCUCUGCUUUAGCUGAUGCCAAGAACCAAGGGAUUAAAUUCUUCACAGUAGGUUUCACAUCCGCUGCCAAUGUAGAACAGCUGCGGAUCCUGGCCAGUCCUCCGGCUGCCCGCUACGUACACAACCUACAGGACAAGGGCGUAGUGGACAAGAUUGUCAAAGAGAUUACUGAGGUGGCUAAGGAAGUGUGUCCACUUUCCCCAAAAUGCACUUGUGAGAAAGGAGAGCGAGGACCCGGUGGGCCCGCUGGUAAAAAAGGUCGUCCUGGAGAAGAUGGAAGUCCAGGACCUAAAGGACAAAUGGGAGAGAACGGAUUCAGCGGUCCUCCUGGACGAGACGGGACAGAGGGGAAACCUGGAUACAAAGGAGAAAAGGGCGAGAGAGGCUUUCCCGGACCACCAGGAAUACAGGGCGAGACUGGCUUUGGGCUUCCUGGACCAAAGGGUGAUGUGGGGUUCCAGGGCAGAAUGGGUCCUCCCGGGCCUCCUGGGUUCGGCGAGCCGGGCCAACCGGGCCCACAGGGGCCGCAGGGUUUGCCAGGAGAGAAGGGCCCAACAGGAGAGGGUUUACCCGGACCAAAGGGAGAGAGGGGCCUGGAGGGGCUGAAAGGACCCAGAGGACCAGCAGGUCUUGGCAUUAAAGGAGACAAGGGUGAUAUUGGUCCUCCUGGUCUUCAAGGACCAGUGGGGCUUCCAGGAGCAGGGAUCCAAGGAGAGAAGGGUAUAGAAGGACCGCGUGGACCCCCAGGAAGCAGAGGCCCACCGGGUGAGGGCUACCCUGGACCAAAGGGUGAUCAGGGUUUACCAGGUGAGAUCGGAACACCAGGAGAGAGAGGAGCUGGAGAACCUGGAGCUAAAGGAGAACCUGGUGCUCCAGGGUUAUCAGGAUUACCAGGUUUACCAGGAGAGGAUGGAGCUCCAGGACAGAAGGGAGAACCAGGAGCCCCUGGGUUGAGGGGCUCUGAAGGAGCAGCAGGAGUGGGCAUCCAGGGUGAAAAAGGUGAUCAGGGUCAGCGGGGAAUCCGUGGGUUAGCAGGGCCACCAGGAAUAGCUGGACCCUCAGGGUCAAAGGGAGAGCCUGGCACCCCUGGGCGCCCGGGAUUACCUGGACUACCGGGACGUACCAUAACAGGGCCAAAAGGUGAUUUCGGCCCGCCAGGUCCAUCUGGUCCAGUAGGAGAGACGGGAUAUGGACUUCCUGGGCCAAAGGGUGAUCGUGGUGACCCAGGUCCUCCUGGUCUAAGUGGACCAAAAGGGGACGGCUAUCCUGGUCCCUCAGGGCCUCCUGGUCUUCCAGGUCUUCCAGGAGAACCUGGUCCAGAGGGCAUAGGAAUACCUGGACCAAAGGGUGAUAUUGGCUUCAGAGGUUUACCGGGCUCACCUGGACCUCCAGGCGAAGGACUACAAGGACUUCCUGGCAACAUGGGAAGACCAGGACCUCCUGGACCUACUGGGCCACCUGGACAAGGCCUACAGGGUCCAAAGGGUGAUCAGGGGUCACAGGGUGUGAGCGGGCCAAGAGGACCUCCUGGAGAAGGAAUGCCCGGGUCAAAGGGGGAUCGUGGAGGUCUGGGCGAGAGAGGGAUGAAGGGGGUUAAAGGUGAUAUGGGAGAUCCUGGCGUUCCUGGACAAACAGGUAGACCAGGAUUUAAAGGAGAAUCUGGACUAACGAGGGACGAGAUAAUCAGAAUGAUCAGGGAGAUUUGUGGUUGCGGAGUCAAGUGUAAAGAGCGUCCCAUGGAGCUGGCGUUUGUGAUUGACAGCUCUGAAAGCGUCGGGCCUGAAAACUUUGAGAUCAUCAAGGACUUUGUGGCCGCUCUAGUCGACAGACUCACCGUGGGGCGUAAUGCCACCCGAGUCGGUCUCGUUUUGUACAGCUUAGAGGUCCAGCUUGAGUUCAACCUCGCUCGCUACAUGACCAAACAAGAUGUCAAACAAGCGAUACGCAGGGUUCACUACAUAGGCGAGGGAACAUACACCGGCUCUGCCAUCCGCAAAGCAACUCAGGAAGCGUUUUACAGUGCAAGGACGGGGGUCAGGAAGGUUGCCAUUGUCAUCACAGACGGACAAACGGAUAAACGGGAGCCUGUGAAGCUGGAAAUCGCUGUCAGGGAGGCGCAUGCAGCUAACAUUGAGAUGUACGCUCUGGGGAUUGUUAACAUUAGUGAUCCGACACAGGAAGAGUUUCUCCAGGAGCUCAAUCUCAUUGCGUCGGACCCUGACAGUGAGCACAUGUUCUACAUAGACCACUUCAACACCUUGCCAGCUCUGGAGUCCAAACUGGUCAAUCAGCUCUGUGAGGAUGAAAACGGAGCACUUAUCUUCAGUCGCAUUAAUGGUUUUGAAAACGGAUAUGGUAUUAAUGGCAACCGCAUCAAUGGUAAUGGCAGGGACAAUUAUGGCACAAACAUAAAUGAAGGCCACAGACAGAACACGAGAACACACUCUGGGAUGAACACUGUCCCUCAUGAGAGCGGGAGAGGAGACACGUUUGCUCCAACAGCUGGUCCAGACAUUACUGAGGAGGAUGAGCGGGUACCUGAGACACCAGACACAAACACUUCAGAACAGAGCAGCGGUAGAGGAGAUACUCCAACAGUCACUGGGACAUCCACACACAGCAGGCCUUCAUCAGGGACAACAUCAUCAUCAUCAACAUCAACUGUGAACACCUCAACCUCAGUGCGGUAUAUACCAGCACCACGACCACCAUUGCCUAAAGAGGUUGUAUCUCUGGACCCCCGUUGUGAGCUGCUCCUGGAUCAGGGCCCUUGUCGGGACUAUAACAUUCGCUGGUACUACGACCGGCAGGCCAAUGCCUGCGCGCAGUUCUGGUACGGAGGCUGUGACGGGAACCGGAACCGCUUUGACACAGAAGAAGAUUGCAAAAAGACAUGUGUUGUCGUGAGAGCAGGAGGCUGAUAUCCGUUAUGGAUACAUUUCCCUUUGUCUGUAAUUCCUCACACUCCAAUACAACGGACCUGCACUGAAAUACACAAAGUAUAUGAAAAAUUGGUAGGACAGGGCAUUUCAUUGAGAGUAGCUAAUUGAUAAAACACAGUACUUUCAUAUCACAACCUUCAGAACUGUGAAUAAGCAAUACUGUAAUAUUGUACACUGUCAUAGUUACACAACAUUCAUUGAACUGACAUUAAUGUAAUAAAUGAAAUGUAGUCUUGAUUUUGAAAACUAAUGUUGU